AUGGCCGAGGUCCCAACAGCAGAGCAAAAAUCUGUACUCAGCCAGAAGGGCGAUGCCCCUCCUGAUCGAUCAGUCGCACCAGUGCCUUCCCUUACGGAGACCACCAAGGCCUUCCAAUCCCUCGGUAUCAAAGACAAACACCCCGAGUCGGUCCCAGCCCUCCUUACCUCCCUCUACCACCUCCGCGAAACCAACCCCAAAGCCGUCCGAAACACCGUCCAGGUUUACCCAGCCGAGCUAUACAGCGAUAACGGCGAAGGGAGCAGUACGGGGCAGCAACGUGAUCGGCGGAUCACGAGCUGGAAGAUGACGGAGCACAUGUACUUCAAGGCGGAUAAUGUGUUCCCGACACUGGCGAGGGGUCUGUUUACGGAGGAGCUGGAGGAGGGGGAUGAGGUGCCUCCUGGUCUGGAAGGGGUGGAGGCAGGACCGACAAAAAAGCGGAAGAUUAGGGAGAGGAUCGUCGCGAGGGGAUACGACAAGUUCUUCAACAUCGACGAAGUCCCGUGGACCUAUUGGAAAGCAAUGGAAAAGCACACCCAAGGUCCAUAUCACCUCACCCUCAAGUCCAACGGCUGCCUCAUCCUCAUCUCUGCUCUUUCACCCUCCCAUCUCUUGGUCGCCUCCAAGCACUCCUUGGGCACGACGACCGAGGGAGAAGCCGUGACCCUCAAGGAGGCCGAGUCCAAAGCAGUGAAAGGCGACACGAAGGGCAAGAAGGCUCAGAAGGCGAAUGAUCAGCCGGAAGCAGAGGAGGUCAAGGAGGACCGGGCGCAUGCGGCGGUAGGGCGCGAGUGGGUCAAGCGGACUCUGAAGGCGAAAGGGAAGAAGGAAGCUCAGCUUGCGAAGCGGCUAUGGGACCAGAAUCUGAGCGCUGUACUUGAGCUCUGCGAUGACUCAUUCGAGGAGCACGUCAUUGCGACUCCCGAAUACUGGACCGGUCUCCACCUACACGGUCUCAACCGCAAUACUCCCCACUUCUCCACUCUCCCUCCUGACGAAGUCACGGCCUUCGCCUCUGACUUUGGCUUUAUCCCUACCAAGGUCGUCACCCUAGACACUCUCGAUGAGGUCCGCAAAUUCACCGACGAUGUCGCCAAGACAGGCUCGUGGGGAGGCGACAUGAUCGAGGGUUUCGUCGUCCGCUCGCUCGUCCGUGAGGUCCCACAUUCCCCCGAGGAUCGGCCGCCAUACCGACCCGGCGCGCCCUUCUUUUUCAAGGUCAAAUUCGACGAGCCGUACCUCCUCUACCGACAAUGGCGGGAGGUGACGCGGACCAUGCUUCCUCUGCACAAUGCGGAAUUAUCGCCGGAGGGCAAGGCGGAGGUAUGGCAGAAAGUCAAGCGGAAGAUCAAGCGGGCGGAGGUAGCGGUCUAUGCGGACUGGGUGGGACGGACGCUAGAGUCGGAUCCGAGCCUAUUUGACGACUUCAACCGGAGUAUCGUCAGGGUCAGGGAUCAGUUCCUGCGGUGGACGGAAGGAGAGGGGGCGGAGAAGAAGGAGAAGGGGCAAAAGGGGAAGAAGGAGGUGCAGAAGAAGGAAAGGGAUUUGGCGGCGCUGCCAAAGAAGACGAUCCUUGUGCCGUGUGCGGUACCGGGGUGCGGCAAGACGCUGGUGGGGUUGGCGAUGGCGAAGCUGUAUGGCUUUGGUCAUACCCAGAGCGACGAUGUGACGGCCAAGCGAUCAGCUCCGACCUUUUUGAAGAAUAUCGAGAAGCUGUUGAAGACAAAUGAUGUGGUGUAUGCCGAUCGAAACAAUCACAUAGACAAGCACUACAACGAGCUUGCCGACCUUCACAACUCGCGCGAUCUUCAAGCGUACAAUGUCCGCCUCAUCGCCAUCCUCUGGGACGUCGAGAAACAGCCGUACCACCGUAUGCUGCGGAUCUGCUCGGAACGCGUCAAGGACCGGGGCGACAAUCACCAAACCCUCCGUCCAGACCUUACGGCGGAAGCGGAGCACGAAGCGGUAGUCAGCAACUUCAUUCGGGACUUUGUCGACCCGGACGAAUCAAAGUUCGACGCUAUCGUCGAUGUCAGUCUGACAGAUACGCCGGAGCAGACGAUACGGCGGAUCGUGACAGACCUCUCGGUGUCACUCGGGCUGCCAAGCGUAAACGAUGAGCAGAUCCGAUCUGCUCUAGACUCUGCGCGGGGAUACAAGAGCACGACGCCAUACCACCCGCCAGCCAAGGUCGGCCGGGCGAUCCGAUACUUUGGGCUCGCGCCCGAGAUCGAUCUGGCGGGUAUCGUCGAAGUCGCCAUCUACUAUAUGCGACCAGACCUCGCUCAAUCGGCGCAGCGGUUCCUCUUCGCCCUCCAGGCAAAAGAGAGGGUUAUCACCAAACCCCACAUCACGCUCGUGCACGAGACGAAUGUCGCGGAGGAGAAGGCGGCGCAGGGUGGUGAAGCUGGGAUCCAAGCAAGGGCAUGGGAUGACUGCGUUCGCCUAGCGGGACAGACGGGUAGUGUGAUGUGGGACUUUGAAAUGACGCAUGUGGUGUGGGAUGGGCGGGUGAUGGCUAUCGUGGUGGAGAAGCUGGAACCGCAGACGAAGGAGGGGAUGGAGAGUCUCGCGAAGCUGGUAUUGGAGGAGACGAAGGACGGGGUGCAUAUUACGGUGGGGACGAAGGAGGAGGACAUACGGCCGUAUGAGGCACGACCGUUGGUGGAGAUGGUGAGGAAGCGGAUUGUCGCAGGGGAGCUUGAUGGCGAGACGGAGGAGUUUGUGGAGGGUGGCGGAAAGGUGAGGUGGGCACAGCUGGGGCCGACAAAGGGCGAGGGCAGGGUGAAGGGGAUGUGGUAA